AUGCCGCGAGGGCCGGCGAAUUACGCGCCGCUCACCCCGCUGACAUUCCUCGAGCGCGCGGCGCGGGUCCAUCCCGACUCGCCGUCCGUGAUCUACGGCCGGCGGCGCUUCACGUGGGCGCAAACCUUCCUCCGCUGCUGCCAGCUCGCCGCGGCGCUGGAGCGCGCGGGCGCGCGCAGAUACGAGCGCGUGGCGGUGCUUGCGCCCAACGUGCCCGCGGCGUACGAGGCGCAGUUCGGCGUGCCGCUCGCGGGCGCCGUGCUCGUGUCCGUCAACGCGCGCCUCGAUGCCGCCUCCGUCGCGCGCAUUCUCGCGCACAGCGAUAGCAAGAUUCUCCUAGUGGACCAACACUUGGCGUCUCUCGCGCUCUCCGCGCUCGCCCUCCUUCCCACGGCCGCCACUCCCGCCCAAACAGCCCACGUCCGUCCAAAAAUCGUGGUUAUAGAGGACAAUGAAGUGCAGUCGUCUUCUGACAUGGCGGAUCCGGGUGGCGAGCAGGCGGAUACAGAGGGGUUGGGAGCGGUGGGGGAGUAUGAGGAAUGGUUAGCAGCUGUGCCCUGCGUUGGGCCUGACCCAAUAGCCAUCAAUUACACCUCAGGCACCACGUCAGCACAGCCCAAGGGCGUGGUCUACUCCCACCGCGGCGCUUACCUAAACGCGCUAAGCGCCGCACUUAUGGUGCAGCUGCGCACGCACGCGGUGUUCCUGCUCUCCGUCCCGCUUUUUCAUUGCAACGCGUGGUGCUUCUGCUGGUCGCUGCCGGCUGUCUCCGGCACAGGUGUGCUUAUAAGGAAUGUGAGUGCUCGCGCGAUUUUUGCAGUGGUGGCGGAGAGAGGGGUGGAGGUGAUGGUGGGGGUGCCGGUGGUGCUGAAUCUGAUGGUGAAUGCUGAUGAGGAGGAUAAGGCGUUGCUGGGAGCGAGGCGAGGAGGGAACGAAGAGGAAAGAGGGGAGGUGGAGCAGAUAGGGUGGGGUAACAAUGAGCAGCAGCAUGGGGUAACCAGCAGGAUAAGCAACAGGGUUACCAAGAGGGUUACGGUACUGACAGGUGGUGCCCCUCCCCCAGCAGCCAUAUUGGCUCAAAUGGAACAGCUAGGCUUCGACGUUAUCCAUUCGUAUGGAUUAACAGAGACAUAUGGCCCGGCUAUGUUCUGUGACUGGAAACCCCACUGGGACUCUCUUCCCCUGACCGACCGCGCGAGAAUCAAAUCUCGGCAGGGCGUGCGGCACAUCGGGUUGCAGACUGCUACAGUGGUUGAUAAUAGGACGCUCCGGCCCGUGCCUAUGGACGGUGUGACUAUAGGCGAGGUGGUGUUUCGAGGGAAUACAGUUAUGCGGGGGUAUUUACAUGUGAGGGAGGAGACAGCUGCUGCGUUUGCGGGUGGGUGGUUCCACUCGGGAGAUCUGGCCGUGGUGCACCCAGAUGGGUAUGUGGAGAUUAAAGACCGUUCUAAGGAUAUAAUCAUCUCUGGAGGGGAGAAUAUAAGCAGUAUUGCUGUGGAGGGGGUGUUGUACCGGCAUUCUGCAGUGAUGGAAGCAGCAGUGGUGGCUAGACAUGAUGAUAAAUGGGGUGAAACACCCUGUGCCUUUGUGGGCCUCAAACCUGGUUACACGGUUACCGGUGGAGCUGCGACUGAUGGUGCAACUGAUGCUGCCAGUGCAGGAGGGGUUGAGAAGGUGGGAUCUGGGCAGGUGGUAUCUGAGGAAGAUAUCAUUCUGUUUUGCCGAGAGCAUCUGCCACACUUUAUGGCACCCAAGAGCGUUGUUUUCGGCGCGCUGCCCAAGACUGCGACGGGCAAGAUCCAAAAGUUUUUGCUGCGGGAGAGAGCAAAGCAGCUAGGCUCGCUGCCUUGGCAGGGGCACAGGAGCAAGCUGUAA